GCCCGCCGGCAGCUGAUAGGCCCCACCCGAACAACACUCAAAGCGGCGCCUCACCUGGUUGGCCGGGCGCGUCCCGCGCAGUGCAUUAUGGGAGCUGUGGUUCGCGUCCCGCCUCCUAGCUGUGGAGCGGUGCGCUCGGGUACUACGCUUCCCAUCGGCCUUUGCGGGCAGCACUCGACUGCGCCUGGGGCGGGGUUUGCUCAUCCGGGUCCCCUGGCCUUCACGCCCAAUCGGCACGCACCGAGGGAGUGCCCCAGGCGAUGAUUGGUCGUUUCGGACAGACGAGCCCUGUUUGAAAUCCGUUAACGGCGGCGGGUAGAGGCGCCGCGCAGGGCGGCCGCGGCGCUGAGGGACUGUAGCAGUGUGAGCGGAGGACUCGUGGAGACAGUGUGAAGGUGAAGAUGUCUCGCCCAGAAUUUCGCUAUUCCUUUGAUGUCCCAAACCCUUGCAUCAACUUUGCGACUCUGAGCGAUGACGAUGUGCACAAUGCAGACUCCUGGUUUGACCAAAAAGCCGAUCUGGAGAAUGUCCCUCCUGCAGAAAAUCUGGCAAAGGUCUCACAGAACAGCCCUGCUUUUUCAAAGCCUGAUAUUAUUCUGUCUUCUGUCGCGUCACAAGGAAUAACAAUGAGUGAAAGCCAUGGUGAAGAUGAUGGUCAAGCAGAAUGUGUGCAGGCCAGUGCAGUUCCUCAGAAUAUUGUUGGAUCCCUGACGAGCUGGAGAGCUACUGCUCCUGCAGAGGCCUCUCAAAGGGCUGGUAGAAGACAGGCUACAACACAGAGAAAAACACAGCAACGCAAACAGCCAGCUAGAAUCAAAGCAGAGAGAAAUGCUAAUGCCUUGGUUAAUAAGGAAGAAGUACCACCCCUGAAAAAAAUGAGAAUCUCUAGCAGCAGAGAGAAGGUCACAGAAGUACCCACGAGGAGACAGCCCCUGCAGAAUCCUGACCUCUCCCCAGGGAGAGGGAGAAGCAAGCUGACCAUGCCCUCCACACCAACAAUGUUAAAGAGGACCAAUCAUUCUGGCAAGCUGAAGAGUACAGAGGAGCAGGAGCUGGAAAGGAUGCAGCAGUUGCAGCAGGAGGUUGUGGAGCUGCGGAAGAAGAACGAGGAGUCUCUGAAAGCAGCUAUUGCUGGAGCAGGACAACCCAUGAAGAGAACUGUUGGUCAAGUAACAAAGCCAAUUGACUUCCACUUCUGCACGGAGAAUAGAAUUAAACAACAUGGGGAAAGCCAGCCUGGGAACGAGUACAAGGAAGUGGAUUUUGCAGCAGUACUGAGAAAGCAUCCUCCUUCUCCGGUGCGAGUGCCGAAGGGACCCACUGUCCCCAAACCUUUCAAUCUGUCCCAGGGAAACAAAAGAAAACUUGAAGAAACCACAUCAGAAUAUGUGUCCCUUGCUGAGCAGGUAGAAGCAUUCCAAAAACGCACACCCUCUCGUUACCAUUUAAGGAGCAGGAAAUCUGAUGAAGGCCCAGUUCCAGGAAAGUUGGUGAAGGCUCGGCUUACAAACCCUAAAACACCAGUGCUUCUAACAAAGCAGCGCUUCAGACCUGUCACCUGCAAAACUACAGCAGAGUUAGAAGCAGAGGAAAUGGAGAAAAUUCAACAGUACAAAUUCAAAGCACGAGAACUUGAUCCCAAAAUCUUUGAGGGUGGACCACUCCUGCCCAAGAAACCUGCUGUGAAGGAACUCACGCAACCCAUUGGCUUUGAGUUGGAAAUAGAAAAAAGGAUUCAGGAGCGUGAGAGUAAGAAGCAGCAGGAGGAAGAGCACUUUGAAUUCCAUUCCAGGCCAUGUCCAACGAAAAUCCUAGAGGACAUUGUGGGUGUUCCGGAGAAGAAAGUGCUUCCUGUUACGGUCCCCAAGUCUCCAGCCUUCACCUUGAAAAGCAGAACCCGAAUGCCUGGCAGAGAUGAAGAAAAGGAAAAAGAGGUGGUGCCUGUGAUCAAAGCUAACCCAAUGCCACAUUAUGGAGUGCCCUUCAAACCUAAAAUGCCAGAGCAGAGGCACGUGGAAGUUUGCCCCUUCUCUUUUGAUGCCCGUGACAGAGAGCGGCAAAUACAAAAAGAGAAAAAAAUAGAAGAAUUGCAGAAGGAAGAGGUGCCAAAGUUCAAAGCACUACCUCUGCCUUACUUUGACCAUGUUAAGCUUCCAGAAAAGAAGGUCAAAAACCCAACUCAGCCUGAACCGUUCAAUCUGCAGAUUGAUGAACGGGGAGUUGCCAAGCUACAGAGCUGGAAACAGCAGCUUAAAGAAGACUUGAAAAGGCAGAAAGAGGCAGCAUGUUUUAAAGCUCGUCCCAACACAGUGGUGUACCAGGAGCCUUUUGUGCCUAAAAAAGAAAAUAAGCUGUUAUCAGAGAGCCUUUCUGGUUCCAUAGUUCCUGAAAGCUUUGAGCUGGCAACAGAAAAAAGAGCUAAAGAGCGGCAAGAAUUUGAAAAACGAUUGGCAGCUAUAGAAGCCGUAAGGGAGAGGCAUCAAGAGCAGGUCAGACAGCAACAAGAGGAGCGUGAAAAGGAAGAAGUUGCUAAGCUAAGACAAGAACUGGUUCACAAGGCAAACCCAAUACGCAAAUACCGCAGUGUAGAAGUGAAGCCCAGUGAUCAGCCGCUGACUACACCGAAGUCUCCCAACUUCUCGGAUAGAUUCCGGUGCUGAUAGACAUCCACGUGACAGUAGGAGGGACAUCGGGUCACUCUCCACUCUCUUGAUAGGCAGAGAGGGAACAAUUGUUUUUACGUGACUGCUCAGUCUCAACUCCUACAUUUGGUUCCGUUAUUAUAUUGAGUAGUUUAAUGCCACCUGAGGCAGGUGGCUGAGGCAUGGUGUACAGGUAGUGCCAUGUGGUCUCCAUGGCCUUGCUUCACAUCUAGACAUCUUGUUCUCUAAAGACUAAACCAGGUUUUGAUACUGCAUACAAAUAUUGUGUACCUGAACUAAAUAAAAAUUCCUAAUCUGA